GAGACCAAUAAAAUUUGACAAUAACAAUGUAGAGGAAUGCCAGAAAAGCAAAGGUCAGUAAAAUGGCAGAAAAAGAACACAAGGAACAAAAGAUUGGCAGUCAGCUGUCAGCAGAAUCUAUUAAAGUCAUUGCUGAAUCAGUAGGAAUCAGUGGAAUACCUGAUGAUGCAGCUGGUGUUCUGGCUGAGGAUAGCAGCUACAGACUCAAACAGAUCAUUCAGGAAGCUGUGAAGUUUAUGCAUCAUGGCAAAAGACUUAAAUUAUCUACAGCAGACAUAGAUCAUGCACUGAGGGCUGAAAACAUUGAGCCUCUCUACGGAUUUGAGGCAGGGGACAGCAUUCCUUUCCGGUUUGCCAGUGGUGGAGGAAGGGAACUACAUUUCAUUGAAGAAAAGGAAUUUGAUCUACAGGAUGUUGUGAACUCAACAUUGCCUAAAAUACCUGUUGAUAUUUCGUUAAAAGCUCACUGGCUCUGUAUUGAUGGAAUCCAGCCCUCAACUGCAGAAAAUCCUCCUCCUGCCUCCAAGGACCAACAACAGAAGGAAAUUCUGGACACAACAAUUAAGAAAGUGAUUGACAAACAACAGAAAGUACCUCCUGUAGCAGAACCAAGCAAAAUUAAACACAAACACAAAGGGAUUACUGACCUUGCCAAGGUCAAAGACCUGUCUACACAUGAACUCUCUGUGGAACAACAGCUAUACUAUAAGGAAAUAACAGAGGCUUGUGUUGGACCAGAUGAAGCCAGGAGAUCUGAAGCACUGCAGAGUUUGGCCAGCGACCCUGGUCUCCAUCAGAUGUUGCCCAGAUUCAGCACUUUUAUAUCAGAGGGGGUUAAAAUAAAUGUAGUACAGAACAAUUUGGCUCUGCUUAUUUACCUGAUGAGGAUGGUCAAGUCUAUCAUGGACAACCAGACACUUUAUCUGGAAAAAUAUCUUCAUGAGUUCAUUCCAGCAGUGUGUACAUGUAUUGUCAGUAAACAGUUGUGCAUGAGACCAGAAGUGGAUAAUCACUGGGCAUUACGAGACUUUGCGGCUCGUCUAAUGGGACAGAUCUGCAAGAAUUUCAGCACUAGUACCAACAAUAUCCAGGCCCGUAUUACCAAAACAUUCACUCAGGCUAUACAGAGUGAAAAAGCAGCUCUGGCUACUCAGUAUGGAGCUAUAGCUGGUCUUGGAGAAAUGGGAUCUGAGGUGAUUAAGUCAUUUUUACUCCCGCAUGUGAAGGACAUUGGGGAGAAAGUUCAGAGUGUGUUGGAGGGUCCUAUCCUUAAUGCUGCAGAUAAGAUAGCAGGAGAAAACAUCAAGAAGUCACUUGCUAAAUACCUGUCCCCUGUACUAAAGGCCCUGAAGGGUGCUGGUGCGUCUGUGGAGGAUUAUGUGGCAGAGUUUGGGUCUGUGGGGAGUCUGCUUCACACAGCUGUGGGGAGGGAAAGGAAAUCUUCGGGAAACCAGGGAAAUCAACUGGCCAAGGCAGCAGCAGGGACCUCCACACAGGAUCGAUCAAGGCCAAUGGUCACCAUCCCAACUCCUCGAUCCCAAUUUGUUAUCCAGCAAUCAUCAUCACUUGGGAGUCUGCCAGGAACACCCAAAACACCACAAGGAGGUAUCCGUACACCAGGAACAUCCUCUGUUAUCCAAGGGGGUCAGCCCAAAACACCCAGCACCCCAGGGCAACAAAAGUUUAUAGUCAUGACAUCACAGGCCAGACCAAGCAACAAUGGACAGUCAGAUAAACCCCUCUCUAUAAGUUCAGGGACACCUACAGUUGUCAAGGUUAUGUCAGGAAGUGCUCAAGGUCAGAUGCCAACAGCAGUGCCAAGGACACCUACCACACCAAAAAUUGUGGUGAUGUCAAUGUCGCAGGGAAAUUCCUCUGUUGCAGGACAAACAGGGGGAAAUAGUCAGGACUUAGGCAUGAGAAGUGUGUUCAGUGAACAGUUAAAUAGCAUGAAAAAGGAAAGUGAAAAUGGAUAAAUGAAGGUGGAUGGAGGUUAAGGAAAGCAUAUUUAGCAGAUUAUGUGACAAUAUGUUAUUUAAUUUUAGACAGACACAGUGUAAUUUUAAAAACAAGACAGCGAGAAGUAAAGGUGUAUAAUAGUUCAAAAGGUGCUUCAUUCUAUUAUCCUUCAAACUU